AUGACUCUAGCCUGGAGACAUCUGCGGAGAGCUUUGCACCUGGAGACCUCCCCUUCCAGGAUCCUCAAGGCACACUCUUCUUGGAGGUCCCUAGGUGAUUUCUGGACAUCUGUAACCAAGCUUGGACUUCAUACAAAACCCAAAAUGCCUCCAUGUGACUUUACACCAGAAAAAUACCAGUCACUUGCUUAUAACCGCGUCCUGGAGACCCACGACAGACAUCUCUCUCCGGUGUUGACAGCCUAUUUUCCGAAACCUUUGUUGCUCCACCAGGGCCAUAUGGAGUGGCUCUUUGACCACGAGGGCAAGAGAUACCUGGAUUUCUUCUCUGGGAUUGUCACCGUCAGUGUUGGGCACUGCCACCCGAAAGUAAAUGCAGAGGCACAGAAGCAGCUGGGCCGUCUGUGGCACACGAGUGCUGUCUUCUUCCACCCUGCUGCCCACGAAUAUGCAGAGAAGCUUUCAGCCCUUCUUCCUGAGCCGCUGAAGGUCAUUUUCUUGACAAACAGCGGCUCCGAAGCCAACGACCUCGCCAUGCUGAUGGCCAGAGCACACUCAAAUCGCAUGGACAUCAUUUCUUUCAGAGGCGCCUACCAUGGAUGUAGUCCUUACACCCUCGGCUUGACCAAUGUGGGACCCUACAAGAUGGAACAUCUCAGUGGAAUGGGCUGCCAGUCAACAAUGUGCCCAGAUGUUUUCCGUGGCCCUUGGGGAGGAAGCCACUGUCGAGAUUCUCCAGUGCAAACAGUUAGGAAGUGCAGCUGUGCGCCAGGCUGCUGCCAAGCGAAAGACCAGUAUAUCGAACAGUUCAAAGACACUCUGAGCACCACUGUGGCCAAAUCCAUUGCUGGAUUUUUUGCAGAGCCAAUUCAAGGGGUGAACGGAGUUGUUCAGUAUCCAAAAGGAUUUCUGAAAGAAGCCUUCGAGCUGGUACGAGAGCGGGGAGGUGUGUGCAUUGCAGACGAGGUGCAGACAGGAUUUGGAAGGUUGGGCUCACACUUCUGGGGCUUCCAAACCCACGGGGUCCUGCCAGACAUUGUCACCAUGGCCAAAGGGAUUGGGAAUGGCUUCCCCAUGGCAGCAGUUGUGACAACUCCAGAGAUUGCCAAGUCCUUGGCUAAACGCCUGCUUCACUUCAACACCUUUGGAGGGAACCCCCUGGCCUGUGCCAUCGGGUCCGCUGUGCUUGAGGUAAUUAAAGAAGAAAAACUACAGGAAAACAGUGAGGAAGUUGGCACCUACAUGUUACUGCAGUUAGCCAAGCUGCGGGAUGAAUUUGAGAUUAUUGGAGAUGUCCGAGGCAAGGGCCUCAUGAUCGGGAUAGAAAUGGUGGAGGACAAGAUGAGCCGUCGGCCUCUUCCCCGUGAAGAAGUAAACCAAAUCCAUGAUGAUUGCAAAAACAUGGGGCUUCUAAUCGGCAGAGGAGGAUUAUUUUCUCAGACAUUCCGCAUCGCGCCCUCAAUGUGCAUCACUAAACCAGAAGUUGACUUUGCAGUGGAAGUAUUUCGUUGUGCCAUAAUCCAACACAUGGAGAGAAGAGCUAAGUAAACCUUUUAAAAAUAAGAAACCACAAGCCUCAAGAAUUUCCUAUUUAUGUUCCAGUUAAUUUGAAAAAUUCCAGGGCCACUGUAAAAGUUGUAAAAGACACAGUUGGUUGCCAUAUUUGCGAACAGAACCCUUGGUAUCUUGGAGGAUCGGGAAAGGA